GGCACACCUGAGCUUGUUACCUAUACACUGUGGUCAAGCAAGCUCAUAGUAAAACCUGGAAUGGAUGACAGUGCUAUGCAAUGGGAGUCUUGCUGCCAUCCCUGCCGUCUGUGUUGAGUUCUUGUUUCCCAAACACAGUGAAAGCAUGGCAAUGCGUAGCACAAAGCAUGUCUGUAGUGAGCCAGCCUCUCGUUGUGCUGCUGCUUCCCCUUCUACUCCCCCUGUGCUGGGCCAGGGCUGCCAGACCAGCUCAGGACUGCCCCUCCUGCCAGGGCCCUGGGGCAGUGCCAGGGAAGAAGGCUGUGGAAGGAACCAGGACGAUGGGGGAAUCCUGCGGAGUCUACUCCUCUGGCUGUGCCCCUGGGCUGCGCUGUGUGCCCCGUCUUGGGGAGGGGAGCCCCCUGCAAGCCCUGCUACAUGGGAGAGGUGUCUGCACCAGGGUGUCUUCACCAGGGAAAGUUGACUAUGCCACCCAAACACAGCCAGGUGGAAUCCUGCCCCAUAAUAACCACACGCUGCUGAACUCCAGCGCAGAGGAAGGGACUAUCGAAAAGGCUCCCUGCGGGCAGCACUUGGAGGCUGUCAUGCAGGCGCACAAACUGACCGUAAUCCGUCAUGUAAAAGACAUGUACAUACCCAACUGCGACCCAAGAGGAUUCUACAGAAAAAAACAGUGCAGAUCAUCAAAAGGCAUGCGGAGGGGGGUGUGCUGGUGCGUCAAUGAAUUUGGACACCCCCUCCCAGGACAGAGCAGAGGAGAGGCUUCCCUGAAGUGUGAUGGAGAGUGAGGGAGGAGGAGAGGAGCUGAACACCUCAUCACCUAACGUAUCACAUUCUCUCUGCAUUGCACAUUUCAUUGAUCUUUCACGAGGAGAGUUAGGAGCCUCACGAUCUCGACUAUUUUCCUAAAACUGACAUUUUUAUAUAGAACAAUAAUAUUAAUGAUGGUAAUAAUAAUACCACAUGUUUAUUUUUUAAUUUAUUCUCGAAUCAAAUAUAUAUAAUGUUCUUUUUUAUGAUGUUGUUAUUAUUUUUAUUAUUAUUAUUAUUAUUAUUAUUAUUAUUAUUAUUAUUAUUAUUACAAAUAUCUUCAUGUAAUGGCCUCCAGGAGAUUCAAACACAUUUAAAAAUAAUAAUUAUUGUAUAGAUCGAAGAAGUAAAAAAAAAAAAAAAAACAUUUUAUUGUGAUUAAAAAUAGUAUUUGUUUUCAUUUUUUGAUUUCCAAGUUGGUACCUUUUUUUGAAAAAAAAAAAAAAAUCCUGACCACGAAAAAUAACAUACCGGUGGAGACCGCAUGGCAACGCAAUUCUCUUGGGUUUCUUCUCCUAUAGGUGGCGCUGUGGCACAAGCGCAUACCUAAAACAGAACCGAAUGCACAGUACAGUACAGUACAGCAGACUCUAAUUCAUAACUGUUAACCGCUCAAAAGUGAUGCAUUUAGAAAUAGUAGAUGAAACUGGGAGUCUUCCUCCAUGUCUUCAUUAUUUUGAUAUUUCUACAGUAGAGUCUACUAAAAUGCCUCGUCUUCUGUUUUAUCACUUUAUCCAGAAAUCAGUAACAGCCCUUUGAAUAAUAAUUUUAAAAAACAAAUACAGAGAGAACUGUACAUGUUUUAAACAGUUAGCACACCAGAGAUGGAAAUAAGACUCCUAUUGCAUAGCAGUUUCACUCAUUCCAGGUUUUCAUACGAGCUCGAUUAGCCACGAGUGUAUCGGUAAAAAAGCUCAGGUGUGUCUUAUUAAACUCAGCGUGAAACCAGGAGUGGAUCCUACUGCUAUGCAACGGGAGCCCAUCCCGGAUGUCAUAAUUGCAUUUUGUACAGCCGCUGUCUGCACGCAUUUAUUAUGACAGCAGCGUGUCUCUGACUGUAUGAGUCGACCCAUACUAGUUACAAUGAGAUUCUGUUGUAUCUUAAAGUAAAAUUGUAUUUAAAUGAGAUAAGCAAGGUUGUAAAAUACAUUACGAAUGCUGCAAUUUUUAAAACAAAUCAUAAAGCAUAUUUUGCUUUAAACAUUCUUUUUUUAAAAAUACUGUACAUAAUAUAUAAAUGCACUUAAUACCUUUUAAAAUGUAUUUUCUUUAUUUUUAUUUUUCUAUUUCAAUUUUACAUUUUAAAAAGUCCAGAUUGUCAUGCUUCCAGAUAUGAGCGCAUGGCUCCAGUUUGGCCCGUGGUGCCGGUUCUGUUUUGCGGUGUAUUUUCAGAGCGGUCUCGGCUACAGCUUUGGAGUGAUGGAGAUCUGCAUAUACUGUACAGCCUGAAGCAAUUGCAUCUUUUUAUCUAAAAAAAACAACUCCUACACAGACCUGCAGGGUGUCGUUUGAAUUAUUGUUUAAUUUAUAUGCUUUUUGUAAUGCCAUCAAAUGCUGACCGUAGGUUAGGACAUAAAUAUGUUUUUUGAAAAUUCCGUUUUGCUGUUUUUAAUAAAGAAAUAAAUUAUGA